UUAAGGACCAUCUUAGUGGCCACCAUCAGCUGACAUGAACAUAUUUACUAAAGUCCCUGGAUUAGCCCAACAAACCAGCAAGCUGGGGUCUGUGCUCCAACGUGCCUUCUACGGGUCCAGUGGAAGGGUGACCCUUUUCGAGCAGAGGAACUUUGCCGGCCGGCGACUGGACCUGACCUCUGACUGUCAUAAGCUCAGUGACAAGAAUUUUCCUGACAGAUGCAACUCUGUGCAGGUGGAGAGUGGAUCAUGGGUGGGUUAUGAACAUGAGAACUUCAGAGGUCGUCAGUACCUGUGGGACAUGUCUGACCGGGGGGAGUACAACUGCUCUGAAAAGUGGUGCGCUCAAGGUGACCACAUCUCCUCUGUCCGUGCCGUGAAGCAGGAUAAUAACCCUCCCCGGGCACAGCUGUUUGAUAGGGCAGGUUUCUCUGGCAAGAAGACAGAGCUCCAUGAUGACAUCCCCAACCUGCUGAGUCGAUACAGUCUCAACAGAAUCACCUCCAUCAGAGUAAUGGGCGGAACCUGGGUGGUGUACCAGGAGCCAAACUACAGAGGAGCACACUAUGUGCUGGAGAAGAAGGACUACAACAACUUCUCUGACUGGGGUGCUCAAAAUAGCACUGUUGGCUCGAUUCGCAGAGUCCGUUUUAACUGA